UUUCUGCUGAAUACAUCCCUACACUGACGGGAUAGCACAUUAAACACGAUGGCGGAUAACCACUACAACGUGACCGGCUAUCCCCUCCACCAUGACAACGACACAGAAAUGUUUGGCUACGUUCCGUACUCUGAGAGACCAGAGACCUACAUUGUGCCCGUCGUCUUCGCCGUCAUCUUCCUGGUGGGAGUCUUGGGCAACGGCACCCUUGUCUUCAUCUUCGCUCGCCACCGCACCAUGAGGAACGUCCCCAACACCUACAUCUUCAGCCUAGCCUUGGGUGAUCUUCUAGUAAUCAUCAGCUGUGUUCCCUUCACCUCCAUCCUGUACACCAUAGAGUCUUGGCCGUGGGGAGAACUGAUAUGCAAGCUAUCAGAAGCCACCAAGGACAUCUCAAUUGGAGUUUCAGUGUUUACGUUGACAGCUCUCAGUGCAGAGAGGUAUUGUGCUAUAGUGAACCCAAUCAGGAGUCAUAUAUCCUCGAAGCCAUUAACUAUUGUGACGGCGGUGUUGAUAUGGAUUAUGUCAAUGAUCUUAGCACUUCCAGCUGCUAUAUUCUCAAACGUACAGACAGCAGAUGUUCAAGAUAAUCACACUAUAGAGUACUGCUCUCCGUUUCCCAAAGAAUACGGGAGCACCUACGAAAAAGGUGUUGUACUUUUUAAGUUUUUAGCGUACUACGCUAUCCCGCUGUUUGUCAUUGCAGGAUUUUACAUAUUGAUGGCUCGCCAUCUAAUGUUGAGCACGAGAACCCUUCCUGGUGAACACAAUCCGAGCAAAUCAGCCAUGAACCAAAUACAAGCUAGGAAGAAAGUGGCGAAGAUGGUGUUGGCUUUCGUAAUGAUCUUCAUUUUCUGCUUCCUUCCCUACCACAUGUUCAUGUUGUGGUUCCACUUCUACCCGUCAUCACAUGAUGACUACGAUGACUUCUGGCACGCGUUUCGCAUCGUCGGGUUCUGCCUCAGUUACAUAAACUCCUGCAUCAAUCCCAUCGCCUUGUACUUUGUCAGCAAAGCUUUCCGCAAACAUUUCAACCAGUAUUUGUUCUGCUGUGUUCGCGCUACUAACGAGAUCGGCGACAACACCAUCAACAACCUCAACAGCUCUAUAUCGUUUCGCAGACACAACUCUGUGAUGACAAGUCAUUACUCUAUCAGUCACAGUGACAAGUCCUGACGGUUCGUGUGGUGCGUGGACAAGUUCGAAGGUAACUGACACCCACCGCCUCACAGUAUACGUGUAGUAUACAACAUUUCCUAGACCAGGGUUUGUAUUUAGGUGUAACAUGUGAAUUUUUAGUGGAACUUGACUGCCAAAAACCUAUUACCAUGUAAACUACAACUGUAUAAAAGUUAUAAAAACACCUUAUCCGGGUUUGUGAAUAAAAACAAACAUUGCUCACGAUGUUUUCAAGAUAAAUGAGUUUGAAGAACAAAACCUUUCAAAAAUACAAAUUUUCCAUUUGAGAUAUAUAAAAAAAAUAAAUGAAUUCCAUUGAGCUGUUAAAAAUAUGUCAACACAGCAGUUUUACACCCAUCUUGUGUGUGUAUAUUAUGUAUUGGAAUUAGUAGUAGAUUUCACGAUUACGUAAAUGUACCAUCAAAUACCAGAAUCUUCUAAUAUUUUUGUAUAAAAUUAUAGACAAAUAGUUUGAAACCUUGUGGUGGAACAAUCAUACGCAAUGAACUAAUUUGUCUUUGCUUAAAUGGUGUAAAAGUCUUCAAAAAUAUAGUUUGGCCGCUUCAUUUUUUUUUAGUAGAUAUACCAUCAAGAUUGCUUUUGUGAUAGGUUAAUAAUUGUAAUGGGCCAAAACAUUUAAAACUUUUUGUUUAUACACAGCUGUAUGGUUAACGAAUGUUUUUAAAGACAGUUUUACUAGUUGUGUCAUACGUUGUAGUGAGAAAAGAAAAUGGGUUUCGGAUUCAUCUAAUGACGUAUUUCUAUUUAUAUAUCAAAUAAAUACGACACCCAAACAAUUAACCAUUUGAUUACACUUAUUCAGUUCAUUAGUGUUCCUUUCAAUGUAGGCCUACUUAAAAAUAAGACAGUAAAUGGUUUUCUAACGAUUAUAAUAUUUGAUUACAUGUAAAGUUUAGUGGGACAUGUACGCUUUUUAGAAUAAUACUUUAACACAAUUACUCGAACUAAUACAACAACUGUUAGGUGAUUUUAAGAUCUCAAACGAAUGUUUAUCUCAUUUUACAUGCAAUCUGUCCGAUAUUUCGUAGCAUUUCAUUCUUUUUUUUUGUAAAACCAACUUUAGAGAUAUUUUCUAUCAUAUGUUUGGCUUAAAUAAAACUUUUAAAAUUAUUAUACUAUAAAAAUAGGAAUCAAGCGGUUAUUACAAUCAUUUGUAGUUAGCUUUUUCAUAAAAAAAUUCCAAACUUUGGUAGCAAAAACAGUUCUUUAGUCACAUAAAUUGAAUGGUCAAUAACAUUGCAAAUGAUUUUAUAGAAUUAUGCACGAACAAUCAUAAUUAAUUCAACUAAAUAUUGGAACUAUAGUUGUGUGUGAAAUACUUUCUGAUCAACCUUUAUCACCUGUUAUAUUACCUUGCACCCAGUCAUAUGUUAUGAUCUGAAGGAUGUGUAAAUGUUAUUUUAGUAUAUUUUACUGUUAAUUAUUACCAAUGAAAUACAUUAUGUGAUUGUUAUU